AUGCAAAUUGUCAGCCUGCCGCGCCUGUCUCAGACCACCCUGAGCGAACUUCAAAAUGGAAUGAAUGCAGGCAACUUUACUGCCGAACACCUAGUUCAGACUUACUUAAAGCGAAUUGAAGAAGUCAACGACAGGGUGCACGCUGUUAUCGAGGUGAAUAGCCAUGCAGUGGAGACUGCUCGCUCCCUCGACGAAGAGAGGCAGAACAACUGCAGUCGGGGACUUCGCAGAGGAGGAGCCAUUAUCCUUGGCACAACCAAUCUGUCUCAAUGGGGCAAUGCCCGAUCGGCAGACGCCAACAAUUCUUACAAGUCACUGUCAUCAAAUGGUUGGAGUGGGGUGGGAGGUCAGACGUACGGAGUCUACCAUGUGAAGCAAGAUCCUUCAGGGAGUAGCAGCGGGUCGGCCGUCGCCACCAGCCUCGGACUAGCGCUAGCAGCCUUAGGUAAUGAGACUGACGGGAGUAUCAUUUGCCCGGCAGGAAGGAGCGCAGUUGUAGGUAUCAAACCAACACCGGGCCUGGUCUCAAGAGAUCUAGUUAUCCUGCCGAAACGAACCGGCUCUGUGGGUGUGCUGGCACAGACCGUUGAGGAUGCAGCUGCCCUCCUCAGUGUUAUGGCUGAAGCGUGUCCUAAUGAUAGAGCUUCCGAGCAGAUACCUUUCGACGAGAUUCCCGAUUAUCGCAGUUUCUGCAGAAGGUCGGCUUUGCUACGUGCACGCAUUGGUAUCCCCAGAAAUGCGUUCAGAAACAAUGAUGGGAACAAGACCGAUACUGUCGAGCUAGCUGCUCUUGAGGAAACUAUCCCAAUCAUGACUCACGCAGGUGCGAUCAUUGUUGACCCAGCCGAAUAUCCAGAUCAUGCGACGUUCUUUGAGGAGUCACCGCACCUAAAAGUGAUCUACAACAAUGCGGACUGGAAAGCUCAAUUCGAAGACUAUGCGACGAAGCUGGUCAAGAACCCCCAGGAUAUCCACACAAUGGCUGAUCUUGUCGAAUUCACCAAGGCAUGCCCGGCGGAAGAAUACCCUUCGCGAAAUAUCGAUGGACUUCUCGCAGUACGCGAUGCACUUCCGGAGGACGAUCCUUCUGUCGAAGCUGCGUUUAAGCAAGUCCAUAAAUGGGCGUUGGAAGGAUGCAUUGAGGGUGCAAUCCUGAAAUAUCAGCUUGACGCAUUGAUCGUCCCCUCAAACGUCAGCGCGACUGUGGCCGCCGCCGCAUGCUGCCCCGUGAUCAACGUUCCGUGGGGCUACUACCCAGAAGGUACUCCGUCCGUGUGGAAUGGACGGCAUAACCUCCUGCUACGACACGAGAAUACACCGUAUGCAACCUGUUAUGACUAUGUGAAAGGCGGUUUUUGA